AUGACCUCGGAUGGUGGCGAUGAUCCGUCCAAGAAGCCUGUAGAUCCUACUAUUCAGAAGCAGUCUGUUGAGUUAACUCCCGAGGAGUUGGUGCUCUUGAAGAAGAUCCGCGCAAUGGAGUUGGCGGACCGUGAGCCAACCGACAUCAAGGAUCCGAAGCGAGCAGGCUAUCCGCUAGGGCGUGAAAUGGCACACUUCCAUGAUGCAUCUGAGCUAUACGACGCUCACAACAUUCAGGAUGAAUUCGGCGAGUUUUAUUCGAUGCCACCUGUGCCGGCAGCCUUCCCUCCCACCUCUCGGCAACGCCUUGUAGCCAGGCUGGUGCACACAGUAAAGGGCCGGGAGACUAAACCAAGAUGGGCAGAGACGGCUGAGAAGCUCUUUCCGGCUCUGCAUCGCCUUGCACCGUGUUUCCCAAAGCACAAGGAGUUUGUGGCUGAGGAGGAGGUCGAGCCUCUGUUAGCAGAGCUGCGAGAGUUUGUGUCAGACUACGACGCCACCUUGCACGAGGCACUAGAGGGCACAUCUGUCUACCGGGAGAUCUCGGACGACCUUUUCUGGCACCAUAAUUUCCAGAUUGCUUGUCCAGCAUUGUACUCUGACCUCCAACAGCAGCUGUCUGAGAACGAGAAGGAGAUUGAAGAUCAGAUGGCAAAUAGCGAUCUCGCUCGCCAAGUAUAUUCGGCAUGGUUGGAGGCAUCGGGUCAGCCAGUGAAGGGUGAGAUCAGAGCCGCUUUAAUUGAGUAUGGUCUCCUCGCCGGAAAGCCUGGAUACAAGUCGACCAACAGCACUACUGUGGCCGAUUCGAAUCCAGUGGGUAUAGAUUUCAAGGGGAAGGAAGCCAGAAUUGACUGA